GGGGCGGGGAAGCACCCGCAAGGCACUCGGGCAGUUUCUGCUACAGCCACUGCAGCCCGGGCUUCCGCCGCCGCCGCCGCAGCAGCAGCAGCCGCCGCCGGGGAGCCCAGAGACAGAGCGAGCCGGGGAGAGAGAGAGCGUCCAGCCAGGAUGUCUGUGGCUCCUCCAAGCUACUGCUUUGUGGCUUUCCCCCCACGGGCUAAGGAUGGGCUGGUGGUGUUUGGGAAGAACUCAGCGAGGCCCAGAGAUGAAGUCCAGGAGGUUGUGUAUAUCGCAGCUGCCGACCACGAACCCGAAAGCAAAGUGGAGUGUACAUACAUUGCAAUCGACCAAGUCCCGAGGACACAUGCCAUUGUGAUCAGCAGACCUGCCUGGCUGUGGGGGGCAGAAAUGGGAGCCAACGAGCAUGGGGUCUGCAUCGCCAAUGAAGCCAUCAGUACCAGAGAGCCUGCCCCUGAGAAUGAAGCCUUAUUGGGAAUGGACCUGGUGCGGCUGGGUCUAGAAAGAGGUGCCACCGCCAAAGAGGCCUUUGACGUCAUUGUUUCCCUGCUGGAAGAGCACGGGCAAGGUGGAAAUUACUACGAAGAUGGGAACUUGUGCCACACUUUCCAAAGCGCAUACCUGAUUGUGGAUCGAGAAGAAGCCUGGGUGUUAGAGACCAUAGGGAAACACUGGGCAGCUGAAAAAAUCACAGAGGGAGUGAAGUGCAUUUGUAACCAGCUUUCCAUCACAUCCAAGAUCGAUGCAGAGCACCCCGAGCUCAGGAGUUAUGCUGAAGGUCAAGGCUGGUGGACUACUGACCAAGAGUUCAAUUUCUCAGAAGUGUUUUCUCAAGCAGAUGACCACCUGGGCUGCUGUUCAGGCAAAGACAGCCUAGAAAAACAAGAGGAGAGCAUCACUGUGCAGACCAUGAUGAACAUUUUGCGGGAUAAAGCCAGUGGAGUCUGUGUAGAUUCUGACUCUUUCCUCACUACUGCCAGCAUCGUGUCUGUCCUGCCCCAGGGAGGGAGUUCACCAUGCAUCCACUACUUCACUGGGACCCCAGAUCCCUCCAGGUCCAUAUUCAAGCCUUUCAUCUUUGUGGAUGAUGUAAAGCUUGUCCCUAAAGUCCAGUCUCCCUGCUUUGGGGAGGACGACCCUGCCAAAAAGGAGCCCCGUUUUCUGGAGAAGCCUGACCGCCGACAUGAGCUCUAUAAAGCCCACGAGUGGGCUCGGGCUGUCAUUGAGAGUGAUGAGGAUCAAGGUCACAAGCUCAUGGAGACCAUGCUGGACCUGGAGAAACAAGGGCUGGAGGCUAUGGAAAGCAUUCUGAGCAGCACAGACCCCAUGGACCCCACUGAAGUGGCUGACCUUUUCUAUGACUGUGUUGACACGGAGAUUAAGUUCUUUAAGUGAAGUAAGCCCACUCUCUCUCUCUCCUCUCACUUAGAAACUCCCUACUUGGCCAAACUCCAAGCAAAACCAACCCCCUCUCCUCUUUGAGUAAAAUAGAAGAUGAAUAUUUCAGCCCCCUUUUCUAAACAACCAGUCUAAUUUUAACUCACACUCUGUGCUCUUGGUCUCAGAAAGAAACUCCCUUGGCCCUCCUAAGAUUUAGCCAGUUUUUGUUUUUUUCAUUAGCCUGACCUUUGGCUUUAUAUGACUAACUGUGGAUGUUAAGCAGCUCUUAUCUUAUUUCAGUGAUGAUGGGCAUGCUUAGCCUUUUCCCAAGAAGACUAGCGCUUGUCAAGCCCUGAAGGAUAGUCUUCACAUUGCCGAAUUUUCAGGAAGGCAAAACGAAAGCAAAACCUUUAAGGAAUCUUUCUCUCUUCUUAGUAGCUAUUUCAAGUUUAACAAACUGGCUUUUCUUUGCUUGGUCACAUGCUGUUUUGUGUAGAAUCCAAGGAGAAUGUCAGCAGUGUGGCCAUGAUUUUCCAGCGGGUGUGCUGGCUGACACCCCAUGGAAUGCUUUUCUGGGCCACUAAAACAGAUGGGUGAGAGGAGAACCUCCCUGGCCCAUGUUCUGCUGACUGAAGCCACAGGCAUGUUUUCUUCUAGUCGGUGUGCUUGCAGUGUGUCCCCGGGAAGGCUCUUAAGGAGCGAGAGGCACACAUAUGAUUGUCUCAGAGGGAACUGGACACAUUUGAGAAGUGCUAAGUCAGUGCAUGGAUUGAUCUGAAACAGCCCCUCCAGCACAGAGCUCAGCAGGCCAGCUGCUUCUCCACCUGGAUGGUGUCAUGUAUAUAGAUGAUUCAGAACCGAGCUGCUGCUGGCUAGCUUGAGGUUACUGUAAUUAAAUGGCCCCAUGGAAGGAUUCCAAACAUACAGAAGCUGGGAAUCUGCCAACAUGCAAGGCAGAGGGGGAAAACCAGCAGCCAGUGACCAUGGAGGCAUCAGCUGAUGUUCUUACAUGCCCAGAUUCCUUCAUUUCUCUGGGAAACUUGGAGGCGUUCUCCCCGUGUACGCAUUAUCUCAGCAGCCACUUAGGGUAAUUAAGUUGAUUCGUUCUGCACGUGUAGAACUAAGUGAAAGAAAGCAAUUUGCCAACAGCGCCUGGAAACCGGCUUAAGGGAGCCCAGAUUGGGUCAGCGCUAUGAAGACCGAGUGCAAGGAGGGCUAGGGAGGUCCAGCAUUGCUCUGCAGGGUAGCUGUUGGACCCUGUCUCCCAAAUAGCUGACAUUUAUUUACAAGUCACUUUAAGGCUUCCCAAGUGUGUUACCUGCAGCCUAGUCUACUUCUUGCUGCUAGCUGCACAUUGUUGACUUCUCCUCUGUCUGACUUUUCUUCCUCACUGUUUCCCCACUUCUCAGCUGCUGUCUCCCAAAAAGCUAACAUGGGGAAAGCUCUCAGACCAAGGCAUUCCCUCUCCCCUCCCUUGCCUGCCCGGGAAGGGGCUGAUGCUUGUUUUCUAAAUGCCUCAUUUAUUAUUAAAAUGGUCCCUGCCCAAAGGGUCACAGUUUUAGGUGGGUGAUGAUCAUCAGCUGAAACGGACAAAUAUAACAACAAACUAAGGGAACAGGGGCAAGUUAAGGCAUCUGGUCCAGAGCCACUGGGAUGGGAUUACUUUUCACCACUUGUUGACAGGACCCUACAGAUGGGACAGCUUUGAAGGUUACCUACCCUUAACCACGCUGUAGUUCCAGCCUUCUUCCUUCUGUACAUAUGCCCCUUGCUUUAAACUGUUAGCCAAAGUCCUGUGGUGGUUGAAAAGCAUGUCUAUUUUAUCAAAUUCUGUAUCUUAUGAUGUUAACUCCAAGUGAGCAGAUGUCUGAGAGCUGUCUGAGGUGAAAGAAAGCACAGGCUGUAGGGUGUGCUUCCUUCAGAGCUAGGCAAGGCAGGGCCACAAAAACACAACAAUCAAUUUGCCUCCGUUUUCACACUGUGGGCUACCAAAUAUACAAUUUUCUCUCUGGAGAGCAGGAUAAGACCCUUGACUACUUCUCUUUAGUGUCCACGGCCACAACAGCUUUCUUAGGCUUCCCACAUACUGGUGGAAGUAGAGGGUAGGAAUGGCAGAGGUAGUUUGGUGACAUACCACAUCUCAGUUGUCAUUCUUAAGCCUAGCUGUAGUCUAUGGGUUCUUAGACCCCAUGGACCUCUUUGGCAGUCUGGGGAAGCCUGUGAACCCCUUUGCAGAAUCAUAUUUUUAAAUGUGUAAAAUUAAAUAUGUGGAAUUAUAAAGGAAGACAGUUGUAUUGAAAUACAAUUAUAAAUUUUUAAAAAAACAUUCAUGGACCCCUUUGAGAGCUAUCCAUGGACCCCAGGUGAAGGACCCCUGUAAUGGAAGGAGUGAUGCUAUAAUAUGAGGUAUUUUAAAUAAAUUAAAAGACCCUAGAGAGAAUUUCUACAAAGUCAUUGAUGGGGACUGAGCCCAGCAGACCUUUUGUUAUCAAGAACUCAGAGAUCUGCUCCAUAUCAACCAAGCUGAUUCCAAUGUUGAGAAAAUAAAUUUGGUUCUCCUGAUUCCUACUGUGGCUUAAGUCCUUACUGGUACAAUUCUAAAGCUAAACCUUGUUGCUCUAGCUUGGUGCCUGGACCCCACAGACAAGACUGUUGAGACUAUCAUGCAACACUAACUUUGCUUGGGUCAAAAGAAUGGUGGAGCAGACUCUGGCAGGCUAUUUGGACCAACCCUAUCUAUGCUCCUCCUAGCCCAGCAUCACUAUGCUGAUUCAAUAACUCAGAGCAAGUUUGGUUUUUUGGAUAAGGUUGGUUACAAGGAAAUGUGGGCUUCGGAUUGCAUACACCCUGGGGAUAGCCCUGACUAAUUUCUGUCUGCCCAGGGGUGAUGGGAAGGGUGGCCACUGAAAAGCAAUUAGAUUUGGGUAGGCUAAGUCACUGACGUGUCUGCUACUCCCUCUGAAUGGUUUUGUACAUUUAUUUAACUAUUUAUACAAGUCUGUGCCUGAUCUGAUUGGGUCUUUGCCUUCUGUGGCUGAAGGAAAACCAAACCAAACCAAAUCGACAACUCCAAACUAACAAAACCGUAAUGGGGGCUGUGGGUUUCUUGGAAAAUGCCUGAGGAGGCUUAUGAACUCCAGGCUGUUCACUGAGAGAGAAGUGAUGUUGUAGGCACAACAUUUUAAAAAAAUAAAGGCCAAAGUUUGGAAUGUUGACAGAUUUACCGUAUUUAUGACGUGGGAGCCAUCUUUGGACUCAGAAGACAUGACCAAUACGGGCAGAGAGGCUGGCCGGAGUCAUCAGCCAGCCCAAGACAACAUUAAUUUGAUUGUUGUCUAGUUAGAACCUGGCUGCUCACCAGCCACAGAUGAGGACAAGCCAACCAUUUUAAGAGGAAAGAGCCCGGCUUUUAUAAAAUGAUGCUGGAAAGGUUUCAAGUGGUAAAGGUUAUAAUGUGAAACCUACGAAUUAUUCAGAUGAUCUGUAUGAGGUCAUCACUGUGAAGAAGCUCUUGCAUCAGAACAUGCAGACAUUUACUCCACUUAGAUCCCAAUAACACAGUUCUUGGCCGUUGAGUGAAGACACAAAAUUAUCAGAACGUACUUAUGCCAAGAGAGACAUCAUGGCCUAGUGGGUAGAGAGUCAGCUUUGGGGUCAGGAAGAUCUGGGUUCAAGUCUUGCCUCUCUGGUAUACAGUUGUUGCACAGAUCCACUUCUCUCAGCCAUGGAGGCCAAGCAACUCCAUUAAUUAGAUUAUUCUUAGCCAAUGCCGAUCAUUUCAUGCAACUUCUAAAUCCCAUUUACUGUUCCUGAUUCUGUGUCAAUGUGUGCUUUCUCUAACUGAACCCAAACACUAUGUGAACCUUCAUUUGCUAAUUUCUUGUGAAAACUCACCUGCACCUGUUUGCAAUCAUCUUGUGAUAAACUGAAGUGUCUUUAAUGGAAAAAUACUCUUUGUUGAGAACAAUAAAAGAGGAAAUAUUCUUUUUUCUGUUACGGGAGCAGACAAUGUAGUUAUGAUGAUGAUUUUUUUUAACCAAUGCCUUUGAACAGGAAGAUUUUCUUCUCCAGCUCUUCCCUAUGACCUUGUCUAUAAAUGCACUACGCAUAAAAUUAAAACUACCGAAUCACCCUAAA